UUGUUGUAUUUGGUGAGGACGUGAGUCAUCAUAUGAAUUUACUUAAUAGCUUCCAAAUACCAAAAAGCCUUCGCCUGAGCACAUUCAGAAUGAGAAAAAUACAAGUGACCAUAGAACAAUUUUCUUUUUUGUCAUUAUUACUAGACUAAGGCCUUAACCCAUAAAUGUUGUCUCUGGGGUGAAGCCAAACAUGCAAUUAACUGUACCCUUGUCCAUGUUGGUAUACCCCAUUCUGACUCUGAUGGAACAUAACCAGCUUGCAAAUCGGAUUUUGUUGGUAUGACAACUGUAACGUCAAGAUGCCCGAAUUCAUAUUUGGAUCGAUUCACCUUAGUCUUAUAUCUUCAAUUUUUGCUGUUUUACCAACUUCAGAAAUUUUUGGAUUUACUGAUGAGAAACAAUUUAUUUGGGCCCUUGCAUAUUAUCUGACGCGUAGAGCAUCAUAUUCUGCUUUCAAAGCAUGGGUAGAACAGUCAUUUUAUCAGUAGAAAUUGUGAAGAGUUCAGAAUCCUUGUCCAAUGUCCAUGGUGACCACACCCUUCGUUGUCUAAGAUUGUGACAUAUACUUCUCCACGUUCAUUUGCCUUCACUCGCUUCUCUGGUUCUCUUUCUUUUCAUCACCACCACUCACUACUCUAUUGAGCCACCAAGUGUUAAAACUCUUCAUACCCAAAACUCUCUCUCUCUCUCUCUCUCUCGCAAGCACAAGCAAUGGAAGACAAAUACUAUCUAUGCAUUGUAGCCGAAAUGGAUCGACUCUGGUUUCACCAAAUCAUUCUUUUCUCAGAACCAACAGCAUCAGUAACUCCCGAACCAGUGGAAAAACCUGUUCCUAUAUCAGAAUCUCCUUCUUGCUCAUCAUCCAUUCUUUCUUUACCUCCUCUGCCAGAUGAAGAAACUUCAACGGAUGAAUCACCUUCUUUAGAGAUACAAGUCUCAUCAGAAUCAAUCUCCUUGUCUCUUCAGGAUGAUUCAAUUGACAAGAAAGAAGAAACGAAAGAGAGAUUCGCUAGAAUGAAACUUUUGGGUAACAGAAUUCGUUCACAUUCAUCUUCACCAUCAUCUCAAAACCGUAACAGAAAAUGCAGGAAACGAGUUACUACUACAAGGAAACUGCAGAAAUCCAUGAGCUGCAGGACGCUUGGGGAACUGGAACUUGAUGAAGUGAAGGGUUUUAUGGAUCUGGGUUUCAUAUUCAAGAAAGAGAAUCUAUGCCCACGAAUGAUGAGUGUUGUCCCUGGCUUGCAGAGACUCGGUUUACACCAAAAUAAAGAACACGCACAAGUAAUGGAUGUCACAGAAAUGGUUCGAGUGAUUGAUGUUGAAGAAGAGGAAGAAAAGAGAGAUAUCAUGAGACCUUAUUUAUCAGAGGCAUGGCUUAUAAAGAGACCUGAUUCACCGCUACUAAAUUUAAGAAUUCCCAAGCCUUCUUCAUCUGCCAAUAUGAAGAAACAUCUUCGGUUCUGGGCUAAAACUGUGGCUUCAGAAAUCAACCAAGAAUGAGUAACGGUAAAUAUACCAGUUAAUGGUAGCACAAUAAUUGUAUGUUAAUAGAAGCAAAAUAAGAGAGGUGGUGCAAAAUCAGCAAAUGUAAUUUCCCUCCUCCUUUUAAUUAUUUUUUGUCUGCUAGGCAAUUAAAGGGAGGGUUCUCAUUGGAAUCAUAUGUGGAGGCUUUGUUAAUGAAUUGGUUGUUUGAGGAAUACAAAUUCGGUAGAUAAGCACACACAACUGAAGAGGGACCCACUAUGAAUUAUGAUGUUGUUGCUUGACAAGUGGGGGCUUUAACAACGCACAAGCAUUCGACAGCUCGACCAGACAGUUCCAUUGUUUUUUGUUCGUGUAUAUGACUCACCGGAGAAAUCGUGUUUCAUGUCAUAUCAGGCAUCUUUGUUUGCAUUAGAAUGGAACAAUGAUUUUGAAGGAACUUGAAUCCUGUCCCAUCUGUAUUUCGUUUGUCUACACUCUGCAAUAUCGCAAUAUCAACCCAAAUGGAAAUAUAUUUAUUU